AUGUGGCUCUACCUGGCUACCUUAGUGGGGCUUUACUUCUUUCGCCGAUGGUACCGGGAGAGACAGACUGUGGACAAGCAGACAGAGAAAUACGUCUUCAUCACUGGCUGCGACACUGGCUUAGGCAACCAGCUGGCCAGGCAGCUGGAUUUGAAGGGCCUGCGGGUGCUGGCAGCUUGCUUUACUGAGAAGGGGGCAGAGCAACUGGAAAAGGCAUCAUCACAGCGCCUGAAAACCAUCCUGCUGGAUAUUACCAGUCCUGACAGCGUUGCCAAAGCCACCCAGUGGGUGAAGGAGCAAGUGAGGAGCAAAGGACUUUGGGGCUUAGUGAACAGUGCAGGAAUAGCAAUCCCAAUAGCCCCCAAUGAGUGGCUGACCAAGGAUGACUUUUGGAGUGUGCUGGAGGUCAACCUGUUACGAACAAUCAACGUGACGCUGCACAUGCUGCCUCUAGUGAGGAAAGCCCUGGGAAGGAUUGUCACUGUGACCAGCGCAGGAGGAAGGAAGGCUUUCAGCAGAGGUGGCUACAGCCCUUCCAAAUUUGGGUUGGAAGCUUUUUCUGACAGUCUCAGGCGUGAACUAUGUAUUUUUGUAGUCAAAGUCAGCAUCGUUGAGCCAGGGUUUUUUAACACAGGAAUGAAUAAAAGGGAAAAGGAAGUGAUGCAGAGCCUGUGGGGCAAGCUGCCAAUUGAGACCAAAGCAAUCUACGGGCAGCAGUAUUGGGACACCUUCAUCAAGAACUUUGCUCAUGACUUCCACCUGGCCACAGACUGCAUGGAGCACGCACUGACCUCCUGCUACCCCCGCAGCCGUUAUUCUGCAAGUUGGGAUGCCAAAUUUGUCAUAUCCUUUUCUUACUUGCCAGCCUCACUUGUGGACUACCUUGUGGCUCUUGGCCAGCCUAAGCUAGCCCAGACUGUUUUUUGA